CAUAACGCAGUCUCAUCUAGCAUUAUUGGUAGGGUGGUUUCUACUUGCAAGGAAGAUGCAUUUGCAGGUGUGAACCAUACGCUUCAGUACUUUGCAAAAGAUUCAGUUAUACGUCGUCCUUGUUCACUGAAACAGCGGAAGGCAUCUCAAUAAUGGCAAUCCUGAAUAAUUUCUCAAAAACAUGCUGGAAGGGGUUCCACGCCGACCGGACAAAUAGGCAGCUGCUCUACGUUUUACGCGCCUUGCACAAGUCCGCAGCCAGCGAGGCUCUGGGGAUCUCCGCAACCGCAGAUGAGGCCAUGUCUGACAGAAUGAUCACACCGGCAGAUGUCGGCGAUAAAACGAAGAUCAAGACUCUGCAGGAAAUGCCCGGACCCAACACCCUAUCCAACUUGAUCGAGUUUUUCUGGAGGGACGGGUUUAGCCGUAUCCACGAAAUUCAGAUGGAGCACAGGAAGAAAUACGGGAAAAUCUUCAAGUCUCGUUUUGGACCCCAGCUGGUGGUCUCAAUUGCAGACCGUGAUCUGGUGGCCCAGGUGCUGAGGGCAGAGGGUGUGGCCCCUCAGAGAGCCAACAUGGACUCCUGGCAGGAGUACAGAGACCUGAGAGGCCGUUCCACAGGCCUCAUCUCAGCUGAGGGAGAAGAGUGGCUGAAGAUGCGGAGUGUGCUCAGGCAACUCAUCAUGCGCCCCCGGGACGUAGCAGUCUUCUCCGACGAUGUUAACAAUGUGGUCGAUGACCUGAUCAAGAGGGUGAUCACUUUGCGCUCCCAGCAUUCUGAUGGCACAACUGUCUUCAACGUGAAUGAGCUCUUCUUCAAAUAUGCCAUGGAAGGUGUGGCUGCGAUUUUGUACGAGUGCAGGCUGGGGUGUUUACAAAAUGAGAUUCCCCAGGAAACCCAAAACUACAUCGGCGCACUGAACCUCAUGUUCAGCUCCUUCAAGACCACCAUGUAUGCCGGAGCAAUUCCCAAGUGGCUCCGAACCUUCAUCCCCAAACCGUGGGAGGAGUUCUGCCAAUCGUGGGACGGCCUGUUCAAAUUCAGCCUUAUUCACGUUGAUAAGAGGUUCUCGGAGAUUAAGGACCAGCUGCAGCGGGGAGAGGAGGUGAAGGGGGGGCUGCUCACCCACAUGCUCGUCACCAAGGAGCUGAGCGUGGAGGAGAUCUACGCCAACGUUACGGAGAUGCUGCUGGCCGGAGUCGACACGACGUCCUUCACUCUGACUUGGGCCUGUUACAUGUUAGCACGACACCCCGAUAUACAGCAGCAGAUCCAUGCUGAAGUUGUAAACACCCUGGGGCCCGGGACAAUCGCCACAGCUGACGAUGUUCCUCGUCUGCCUCUCAUCAGAGGCCUGGUCAAAGAGACUCUCAGGCUUUUUCCAGUUCUCCCAGGCAACGGACGGAUUACUCAAGAUGACUUGGUGGUCGGAGAAUACUUCAUCCCCAAAGGGACACAGUUGGCCUUGUGUCACUACUCCACAUCUAUGGACGAAGAGAAUUUCCCCGACGCUUCCGAGUUCCGACCGGAUCGCUGGAUACGGAAAGAUGCCACGGAUCGCGUUGACAACUUUGGCUCUGUUCCUUUUGGCUACGGCAUCAGAAGCUGCAUUGGCAGGAGAAUAGCAGAGUUGGAGAUGCAUCUGGCUCUCACAAGGCUCAUCCAGCACUUCUACAUUGGCUGGUCUCCUCUCACUGAGAACAUCAAGGCCAAAACCCACGGCCUGCUCUGCCCCGGCGCUCCCGUUAACCUGCAGUUCAUCGAUAGAGAAAAACUAAGCAAAAACUCCUCUCCUUAAGGUUAAUGUACUGGAGGCUUUUAAAUGGCCGAUUCAUUUGGAGUAUUUCUUCUUCUUCUUUUUUUUUAAUGCACUACUUUCAGUACAACUCCCACUGUUUUAGAUACCAGACUGAGACUGAAGUUCUACUCAGGCAGGAAAUGUGUCUCAUGUGUUUAUUAGUGAUAAAUUGAUACAAAUAUUGUAAGCUGUAAAAACUCUUUGCUAUAUAUAUAUAUAUAUAUAUAUAUAUAUAUAGAUAUAUAUAUAUUGUUUAAACUCUGACUUUUAUUGCUUCCAUUCUUGCUAUUAAAAAUAGUGAGGGAACCAAUCUAAAGACCCUAACUUUAUAUUCUUAUGUUUAUGCGCAUGUAUAGAGUGUAAUAAUUUGUGCAAACUGUUUAAUACAUAAUCACGCUUUUGCUGCUUCCAUUUCGAAGGGCAGCUGAAUGUACCGAAAGUGAGCUGUCCUUGGCUGAGCUGUACACAAUAAGCUUUAUUCAAUGAUGAUGUCAUCCGCGUUGCAAACCAAAAUAUCCUAAAAUUUUUAUUUUAGCUGGCAGCGUUCUUCAGAUUUCAUUCGUGCAAGAGGCAUUACAUGAUUUUUAUCUGUGUUCUGAUUGUUCUUAUGUGUAGGAAAAAAUGUGUAUUUUAUCUUUUUAUAAUAAUACGCUGUAAUUUGAUUACCAAGCAAGCGGAGUUGAGGAAUUUACCGUUAGAAACUAAAUGUACCUGCAAGUAAAAUAUUAGUCUGACUAAUGAAAUGCAUAUGUGGUUUACACAGUAUAUUUGGGUCAAAGAAUGUGUUGAGUGUUUUGGUUUAUUUGCCAUUUGUGUAAAGGGAUAUCAGUUUUUGAGGGAAAAUGUAUGUUACAGAGCAGUUUGUUUUGCAAUGGGAAGAGACAAGUUGUCGGACUGUGGCUGUUGUGACUGCACUGGUUGGCUGAAAAUGAUAACGCUUGUGUAAGUUUUAUUUUUUCUGUUUUCCUACUUUUUUUUUCCCUGUAGCUCCAGUGAAACUGGGGAGAAAUAAAGAUAAUUUAGUUAUUACUUUUAA